CCUCUCUCCAUGAGCACUGCUCUGUUUUUAUUGUACACAGAUACUAAAAAGGUAGCUGGCUGCGAUUCCAUUUUACAAAACAGCACAAGUAUCUCUCUCUCUCUCUCUGCUAUUGCAUGUUUCAUCAUCCUUGCUGCCGUCACACACAGAGACACACACUUCUCUCCCUUUUCCAGUUGUUUCUGAGCUUCUACGAAGCUAAUUGUUUGAUGAUAAAAUCCGAACCGCUUUGGAAAAGGAACAGCAGAGCUUUCUCUUUGAAUGUGAGCUGAAACAGUUAAUUGAUUCCGGUUUCCCAUGAAAACGAGGAAACAAACUUUUUUCCGGCGAAUUUCCAUCGCCAGAUCUAGCGCUCUCUUUCUUCUCCCGAUUAGCCUGCGUUGUCGCUGAAACUAUUGAUCUAAUUUUCCCCAAAUAGCCCUUUCCAAUCAUUUCUAGCUUUCAACUAAUUUUUGUUUCUGGUUCUGUUUUUAUCCCUUCAAUGUUCUAGAUAUUAGAAGUGAUUUGGGGUUUGAGAUUUUACUUUGAGGGCUUUGUUUGAUGGUGUUUUGCUAUUUUUUCAAUUGGGUUUGAGUUGUGUAAUUUUGUUGGGUUUUGGCUUCUGAAUGGGGAGCUCCAGCGAGGAGCCUAGUAAGGCCAUUGAUAUAUCUGUGGGAGGGUUGGUUUGGGUUCGCCGGAGGAACGGUUCGUGGUGGCCCGGCCGUAUUCUCGGCCCCGAAGAACUCCCCGAGGGUUGUGUGCCGACGCCCAGAUCAGGGACCCCUGUAAAGCUCCUUGGUAGAGAGGAUGCUAGUGUGGAUUGGUAUAAUCUAGAGAAAUCAAAACGAGUGAAAGCUUUUCGAUGUGGGGAGUAUGAUGAUUGCAUUGAGAAAGCUAAGGCAUCUGCUUCUCAGCUUUCCAAAAAGGCAGUCAAAUAUGCUCGAAGAGAAGAUGCUAUCUUGCACGCACUUGAACUGGAAAGUGCUCGUCUUGGGCAAAGUUUGCCUUCUGAACAAAAUUCACAAGCUGGGGAACAACCUCAUGCUGAAGAAUCACCUUCUUCAUCCCAUCAUGUUGAGGAAGAUGUCAAUGAGGAUUUAAGUAUUCCCGGAGAUGAUCCAGAUUCACCCCCAGAACUAUCACAUUCCGGGGUUUCGUUUGAGGAACCAUAUCUCGCAGGUGCAAUUAAGGAAAAGCGGAAGCGGUGGAGAACUCCAAAUGAUUCAGACGAUGGAAGCGAAGGAGUAAAGCGCAUGAAAGGGCUUGAGGACCUGGGGAUGGGUGUGUCGUCUUCAACAAGAAGAAAGAGAUCUCAGGUUGCACACGUCUCUGAAUCCCUGAAAAAGAAAAACCGACGCCGCCCACUCUCAAAAGUUCUGGAAUGUACUGAAAUGGUAUCUGCUCCUGUUGUUCCUGAUCAACAGUCUAGUCCUGCUGGGUCAAUAGUUCCUGAAGUAUCCGAGAGCAAGGUUUCUGAACUAGAAUCGAAUGAAUCAAAGAUAAACAACUCUCUUGCAAUGAAUAACAAUUCAGACAGUACUGGAGUUUCGUGCGAGAAUGCGAUGUCGUUGAGUACACAUAGACAUGCAGAUGCAGAUGCUUCCCUUCAAUCCAAACCGAAGGAGAAUGAAAUUUCCAGCAUGCUAGGGAUUCCAGAGAAUGGAUCUUCAAACAGGUUGUCCGAUGUGCCUCUCGUUGCUGAAGAAAAGCUAUCUGCAGGUUUAUCCACAACUGAUAACGGUGCAUUGCAAAAGGCUCAGGUUGGCGCUGGAGCCCAGUCGAGCCAAAGUAGUCAUGUUGAGACAGUGUCUUUGGGAAAUGAGGAGCGCAAUGAGACGGGUUCUACUAGUUCAGGGACUGUUGAUGUUCAUGACAUCGGCCAGAGGAUGGAGAAAGGUACCUCAGAGUGGCAGUUGAAAGGAAAGAGGAAUUCUCGUUCGAGGAAAGUGGAUGUGGACGAUGAGGCUGAUACAGAGGUGGCUGGUCUCAGGCGGGAUAGCUUUGUAGCCAGCUCUAGUAGGAAAGUAGACCCUAACCGGGUUGGUGGAUCUCUCAUUUCAGAUAUGCAGCUCGAAGAAUUUCGUGGGUGGAGCCGGAACGCUCCUCAUAAAGACUCUCAUACAAGAGGAUCAACGACUGACCUUUCUGCGCCCCAGAGGCUGCUCCCCUAUCGUCAGUCUCGUUCGACGGUUAACCCGAAGUAUGACUCUUCCGAUUUUUCUCUCAGGCACCAUACUGCAGGUUCCGGCUUGUAUGAUGUCAAUGUGGAGGUGAAAACCAGCUUCCGGCAGCAGGGCGUCCCGUAUAUCUCUCUGAUGAGCAAAUUACACGGCCAGCCCAUCAUCGGCCACCCACUGUCGGUCGAGGUAUUGGACGAUGGCUUUUGUGAUGACAUACUCGGUGUUUCUGAAUGUCACAGCAGCAGCUCUGAGCUGGACGGCAAACUGAGUAACGGCCACUCUUUUCUUCAAAGUGACGACACGGCCUAUGAUCAGAAUCCACGCGGGAGGCCGCCCAUCAACCGUCGUUCGGGGACAAAGCGCCCAAAAGCAAGGAGGAGGAACGGGCUCUCGUCGAAGAAGAUCAGGACUUUGUCUUCGCUAACUAGUGCUCACAGGCAAAGCCAAGCACAGAAGCAGCCGAGGGCUGGGAAGCUCAAGGCUCCUUCUAUAGCAUGUGUUCCGUUAAACGUAGUUUUCAGUAGAAUAAAUGCAGCCUUGAACAGCUCGAUGCAGCCUGCGCCUCGUCUUGCUGCAACUUGCGGUGUCUGAAGAUCAUCGGGCGCGGCUCGGUUGGUCGGAAAUGUAGCAAUGGGGUUUGUACGAUUAAGCUCUAUGCAUUGGUUUUUAGUGUGGAAAUAUACAAGGCUUUGGCUGUGUAUAGUGUAUUGAUUAGAUUCAGCUUGUAAAAGCAUUCAGAAUUAUGGAUUAUUAACUGACUUUUUAAUUUCUGCA